AGGUGAGCAGGAGGAAGGGAGCGAGCGCUGUAAACUUCACACGGGGUUUGUCAUGUGAAACCUUCAUUUGGUCCGAAACCCUUCAGAGUGACCGUAGGGGUUUCUGUUACAUGGGCAUCUUUUGUUCCAAAGACGUCUGCACCCCUCCUUUGGGAGCACCCCUGGAUGAGGAUUUCCUCAGAUGACUUUUUCCAUCCUCCAAGUCUCUUUGAAACCAACAAGACUGAGGUUAUGAAGUCAAUCCUAGAUGGCCUUGCAGAUACAACUUUCCGAACAAUUACAACAGAUCUCCUUUACGUGGGCUCCAACGAUAUCCAGUACGAAGACAUGAAAGGCGACAUGGCAUCCAAGCUGGGAUACUACCCCCAGAAGUUCCCUCUCUCCUCCUUUAGGGGUGAUCCUUCAAGAAAAAUGACUGCAGGAGAUGAUCCCCUGCUAAGCAUUAUUCCCUCAGACCAGAUCAAUAUCACAGAGUUUUACAACAAGUCCUUGUCCACGUUUAAGGAAAAUGAGGAGAACAUACAGUGUGGGGAGAACUUCAUGGAUAUGGAGUGCUUUAUGAUCCUGAACCCCAGCCAGCAGCUGGCCAUCGCUGUGCUGUCGCUCACCCUGGGCACUUUCACAGUCCUAGAGAACCUCCUGGUCCUGUGUGUCAUCCUCCACUCCCGAAGCCUGCGGUGUAGACCCUCUUACCAUUUCAUAGGCAGCCUGGCUGUGGCCGACCUCCUGGGCAGUGUGAUUUUUGUCUACAGUUUUGUUGAUUUCCAUGUGUUCCACAGGAAGGACAGCCCCAACGUCUUCUUGUUCAAGCUGGGUGGAGUUACUGCCUCCUUCACUGCCUCUGUAGGUAGCCUUUUUCUCACGGCAAUAGACCGGUACAUAUCUAUACACAGGCCGCUAGCUUACAAAAGGAUUGUAACCCGACCAAAGGCUGUCGUUGCAUUUUGUGUGAUGUGGACCAUUGCCAUUGUAAUAGCUGUUCUUCCGCUGCUCGGCUGGAACUGCAAAAAGCUCAACUCCGUGUGUUCAGAUAUAUUCCCUCUCAUCGAUGAGACGUACCUGAUGUUCUGGAUCGGGGUCACCAGCAUCCUCUUGCUGUUCAUUGUCUAUGCCUAUAUGUACAUACUGUGGAAGGCACACAGCCACGCUGUUCGCAUGCUUCAGCGUGGCACGCAGAAAAGCAUAAUCAUUCAGAGUGCAGAGGAUGGGAAAGUACAGAUCACUAGACCUGAUCAAACUCGUAUGGACAUCAGGUUAGCCAAAACCUUGGUCCUUAUUCUAGUCGUUUUAAUCAUAUGCUGGGGUCCUCUCCUCGCCAUAAUGGUGUACGAUGUCUUUGGGAAAAUGAACAAGCUCAUCAAGACUGUCUUUGCCUUCUGUAGCAUGCUCUGUCUGCUGAAUUCGACAGUGAAUCCCAUCAUCUACGCUCUGAGGAGCAAGGACUUGAGACAUGCCUUCCGGAGCAUGUUCCCCACCUGCGAAGGGACUGCACAGCCUCUGGAUAACAGCAUGGAGUCUGACUGCCAGCACAAACAUGCCAACAACGCAGGAAACAUGCACAGGGCUGCUGAGAGCUGCAUUAAGAGCACAGUUAAGAUUGCCAAAGUGACCAUGUCUGUCUCCACAGACACGACUGCUGAAGCGUUGUAAGUCAGAGACUUCUCAGUGUUGUGAGAAAAGGAGUUAGUUAAAAAAAAAAUAAUUAAACAGAGAAUACCAAA